GUACAAGCUGUUUGAUUGCUUAGAAAUACAAGUUUACAUGUAAUUUCUGCUCAGAAGACUCAAAAACUCAAGAAAUGUAUGGUUAUUUUGACAUUUGAUAUCAUUCAAUUGACGUUUGCGUGAUGAGUUUGUUUACAAGGGUGAACCUCAUCCAUAAUGUUUUAUUUCGCGGAUUAAUUAUGACAUAUUAUACGACCAUCACUAAGUUAAUAAAAUUCGAGAACUAGUAAUACGGGAUGAGUCAAAAGCUAGUUCUUGGUUUUCGUUUUGUUAGAACGACUCAUGGGGUGACAAAUGGAUCUCGGAAUUAUCUUGACCCAAAAACCUACUUGAGCUUCCAAUUUUAAGGAAAUUUUGGGGAAAUCCCCAAAGUCAAAUGACCUUGACCAAGGUUAAAGAGGAAUUUGGAGGAUUCCCUCACGUCUGGGGAAAUUUUGGGGUUUUUGUGCUAUUUCUACAAAACUUACCAUAGCGGCUUCCCCAAAAUGUGCCAAAUUUUCCCCAAAUUUAAGAGCUCGGGUAGUUUUUACAAACAUUUUAGUUUGUAAAGUGAUAAUAUAACAGAAAUUAUUCUUUUAUUCAAAAAUUAAGAUAACUGACCGAAAGUUUAUUAGGAUCAGAUAAUAUGAACACAUUUGGCCAAACAGGUUGUUAGUCCCUGGAACGUAACAUUUCGGACUACCUUUACAUUGACAUGCUGGCUGCUUCUUUCUUUGCGCUUUGUUAUUAUCGUCAGCCAUCUUUGCAAUAAUACCUCAGAGUAUGUAGAUGACUAGAUAACUGUUCGUAUGAUUUUUCUAUUAUCAGCCAUAAAUAGAUGUAUGUAUAUGUGUGGUUGAUAGUAAUCUACAAACCUAUAUGGUUGUAGAUUUCGAGAAACCACACAGUCUGUGCGUACUCAUUUUUUGGCAACAAAAAUAAAGACGGUUUAAUAACCACUUGAGCAGGGAUUUCGCCAGGCGCAGAUAUUUAGCUAAAAUUAGUAUUUAACUCGUCUAUGAAGCCACAUACUUAGUUCAUAAAUGCUGAUGACUAAUACUAAAUAAUUUAAAAAUUAAAGAAAACUAUCUACCAAUUACUUUUAUCUACAUAGUAUUAAAAUAAUGAGUUCAGAUAUGAAGUCGGCUGGCUUUACUAACUGUGGUUCUAAAUAGAGAACAUAAAUAAACGACCAAAAAUUACUGAACAGUUCCAACUUAACAAGAUCUAUUGUCUUUUCCUACUGGCUGUUAAGAAAUAGCCUAUAUACUUGAUAUUAAUAAUUCGUAAUUUGUUUAGGACAAUAUACCAAAGUGAUUAGAAGAUUUUUCUCAUUUUCAAACAUUGGUAAUACAUUUAGUUGUGUUGCUUAGAUUCACCUGUUGGUAUGAAGAAUCAUGAACGUGGUUGUGUAUUUGAAUAUAAAACUCCAGCAACAGUUAUAAAAAUAAAUAACUAAAUUAACUAAUUCAUAGCGUAGAACUAUGGUUCAAAUGGAUGAUUUCAACGGAAUUUUAUUCCCUAAACUGGAUGGUUUGACUGAAAAGCUCUCAUUGUCUUUCUAAACAGCAUUCAGGUAAAUGAUCUAGCAAAACACACAUUUAGUAAUUUAACUAUCAUGCCUAUUCUGAAUGGAUGACUUAGAGGUCGGUUUGUUUUUUCAUUUGCUCGUCUUAUCUAUAAUAAGAUUUUACUCAUGACUGACAAGUACGCAGAAAACUAGAUUAUCAAUAAAUAGACUCAAAAUCAAAUAUGGACAGCAAUUUCAUUUGAAAGCAAAAUAUCUUCGGAUCACACUACACACUAUUUAGUUUAAAGGUUAGCUUGAGCACUAUUAUUUCCAUAUUACUAGUUUAUGUCUGUAAAACCAUUAGGAAUACUUGCAGUUUUCGUAAUGAUAAUUUUGGAAAGCACUUUUUCAGUUAAAACAAAACGAAGUAAACACAAUAGCGUUUACUAAAUAAUCGCUAACUCCGGAAAUGAAAACAAAAAUCGAACAUUUAUAUACAUACUGAAAGGUGUAAAAGCAGACUAGACAUUAUGCCAAAAAGGUAAAUAUUGGAAAUUUCUUGUUGUGAAAGCAGAAUAAAGAAGAUACUUCCUUUCACGAGUCUUUUUUUAUGAUUUUAGUAUUUUCGAACUAUAUACUACAUCUUGUCUGCUUUGUCGACCCUUUCUCAUAUAUCAAAAGUUUGGUUACCUUUCAUCUGAUUGGGUCCUUUAGUCACUUGUUAAAUACAACAAACCACCAUCUACCUUUUUGCACAGUGUUGGACAACAUAGAAGUAGGCUGGUGAAAAGCUUCAGUCAGUCAAACAAAAUAUUGGCCCUUAUCAUUGAUUACUGUAAUGAGUAACAUCGGUAACAUUAGACUCCGGAGUUCUUCUUUUCUUGACAAGCGUAAUUCAUAUAUCCCGAUGUUGAAUAAUAUGGCCUAAAUUCCGUAUCAAUAACCCAAUGAAUUCCACUGAAGCAAAUACAUUUAUGUUGUUUAUUAAUAUAUGUAGUAUACAAUGGGUUUACCGACGUAAUUUAGUCAGCAUGUUAAAUUGUUAGAAAGCCUUUUUUGUUCGAAUUAAGUAAUGAUCAGUAACUUUUUCAUUUUUUAUCACUUAAUUCAUAUUUGUAACAACCUGGUCAGCAUGUUUACAGUAAAUAUUAUUCUUACGUCUCCGGAAACGUUUAAAAAUCCAUUAAUUCACUGUACAUAUUUGAGAUAUUGAUGUCGUUACAAUUCGUGUGUUUUAUUGCUUUUUAUGUUAUAAUCUGUGCCUUAUUCAUUCGAUAGAUUGCAAAUUUUAGUACAAUAUACAAGUUGAGCAUUCUCCCACUGACUAUAAAUCAAUAGAAAAACAGACAAAAAUGGCACCAAAAAGAAAAAAGAAAACCGGGAAACUAACAAAAAUGACUGAUGAAGAAAGAGCGAUUUUCCUUGAACAACAAAGAGUUGCUGAAGAAGAACUAAAAACCAAAAAGAUGGCACUGUUAACUCAAUAUCUACAAGUCAGUUUUUAAUAUAAUUCCCUUCAAUUUAAAAACUAACGACUGUUAAUAUAGGAUAAACUUAAUCAUGAAGAAAAGUUUACUAAACUUAAUAAAGCAAAACUGACAUAUUAUUGGCGAACUAUUAUGAGAGAGACGAAGUCAAAAGAAUUGAAAAGAACUAUAGAAAUAUUAUCACAAACAUUUGAAAGAAUUAUGGACCGGUAAAGCGUCAAUGUCUUAAAUUUUUUAUCAAUUUGUUUGUUCAAUAUUUUUCAAAGAAAAGAAAGUAUCAUCAAAACACUUGUUGCGGAUCUUAGUGAGGCAGAUGAACAGCAUUUGAUGGCUCUGCGUUCUCAUCUACAGAAUGUAGAUAUUUUAAUAGAUUUACAAAAUCAAAGAUUACAUAAAUUAAAAACUAAUUAUGAAAAGGAAUUGCACUCUUUGGUAGAAGAAUUCUUAAAAGAAGAAAACUUUACUAAGCAACAACACGAUAAACAAGUCAAUGACUUAAAAGAUAUAUUUGUUGCAUUGGAUUCUACAUAUACUGCCAAAGCACAUGAAGCUGUAAUUGAUCAGACUAGUUUGAAGGAUGAUCUGAAGAAUAAAAGUUUGGAGGAAAAACAUACAUUGAGAAUAAAUUUGGAGAAUAAGGUCAAUAGUUUGUGGUCUGAAUUCAAACAGGCUUCCACUCAAUACACAACAACUACCAAUGAAAAAAAGACAUCUUUCGAAAACUUAAAAGCAAAAGAUGAACGUUCAGCUGCUGAAAUUCAAUUACACUUAAACAAAAUCCAAAAAAUCAAUGAUAAUAUAUCGGCUACUAGACGUCGUAUGUUAAAAACAUCUAAGGAAUAUGAAGAAAAAAAUCGCAACUUAAAAGAAGAACGUGAUAAGUUAGUUGUUCGAUUUCAAGUCUUGAAGAUACAAAUCAAUAAAUUACGUGAUCUACAACAUGAAAAACUGGUUAAAAUGUCAGUUGAAAGUGGGGAUGCUAUAAAAAAGGUUCAAUGUUUAUUGGAAAAAGCAGAGAAAAUUAUUAAGUUAGGUGAACAGUGCAGAAAGUAUGAGACAGAAGAGGAAAAAGUUACACCAUUCUAUUCAUCAUCUUUAUCAGCGGAAGAAGAAAGUGCUGUGCAAGAAUCGUUCGAAAAAGAACAGAAUGAAGAGAUGAUGAAGAUAUUAAAACGAUGCCUUCCACUUGAAAUGUUUUGGAAAAGAUUUAAUAAAGUUCAAUUAGAUCGUUUAGCAAUAAUUAAAGAAUACAAUAUGUUAGAACAAGAAAACAUUCAAUUAAAAUUAUUAUUGAAACAAUAUUUAGACGGUAUAUCAGUUAAUAGUGAAGUUAUAUCUGGUGAUAAUUCAUUAAUUGUUAUAAAUGGACGAUCAAAUUUAAAACACAUGAGCAUAAUAGAUGAUCCACGAAUUAGAUUGAUAUCUACUGAUGAUGAUAGUGUACAGCCGAAAGAAAUGAUAAACUAUGCUACUACUCCCGCCGCAGUUGACUAUCGAAUAAGACAGACAACUUAGACAAAAGGAUUCUACAACAAGAAUAAUAUAAAAUCCAAGGCAAGACAUAACAAUGAUGAGGAUUUUAUGUGGUUUACUAUAUACCUACAAAGUAAUUCAAUGCUGAAUCAAAUUAAAGAGGUGGCUGAUAUAGAAAUACAUUGUUCAUAAUAAACGUUUUGUUUCUCGUUGAAAAAUUUAUUCAGUUAACUAAUUGACAAACAGAUAAGCUUUAAGGGAAACCAGUGCUAUAAAUAUUAUAAUACUUUUAUGGCAUUUUAAUUGACUGAAGCAGUUAGGGCAUAUUUCAGGCAUAGAUAACCACCGCUUUCGUCGAUGCGAUUUUAGAUAACAUAGUAGUUGGUUGUGAAACGUUUAGGGACAACUGUAUCAUGAAAUUAUAUGGAUUCACACAGUCUGUUGUAAUAUGUUGAAGUCGUCUUUAUUAAAGAUUUUUUGGUGUUAAUUUGAAAUGCGACAAAUAUUCAAAGUUAAAAAUCUUUGAGUCAUACAUUUGUCUAUUCGACAAUACAGUUUAUGAUGUUCACAGAUCUUCAAACUGCUUGAAAGAGAAAACAACUCGAGGUGCAUAAUUACUAGCUGUUUCUUCGUUUGUAUGUAACAAUUGGAAUUGACCGUUGUCUUAAUCGACAUUGAAACAUGAGAUCUUUCUGUCAGUACGUCUAAGUAUCACUACGUUACAACAGGCAUAUCAAGCUG